GCCAUGGCGUCCAGCGGUGAUGACUACAGCCACCUGGAACCGUCUCUGCUCGCGCUGGAAAACCCGGAGAGCGGAGACGACCUUCCAGCCCUGUACGAUCUCUACCUCAGGGACAGGAGUCCCAUUUCCCAGCAGCUGUCGGAGGAGCUGGACGACUGUUAUCAGUACGAAAGGAGGAGCGACUCGGCCUCUUCGUCUUCUUACGCUGACUGGGGAGUGGAAAGCCCGAGUUACGACCAACCUCCCUACGGGGCGAAUAAUCCAGACUCCUUGUAUCCCUGUUAUCCCGAGGACUCCAGACAUCCUGAGGAGGAUCAGGCCCUCGCGUCCAUGCCCGCCCUAGAAGGAAGCCUCCAGUCCCUGCGGUUCCACGAUCCAUACGGAACACAGGUGCAAUAUGAAGACGACUACUCCAGAGAACAUGAAAGAGAUACAAACAGAUUAUUACCAUCCGAUGGAAGCGAAGAGCUGUUCACCAGAAUCCCCUCCACGAGGAAGUCGAGAAAGAGAGGCCCGAAGAGCUGGGAAUUCCUGUACCGCCUCCUUUCGAAUCCUGAGUACAAUCCUUCCCUCAUUAGAUGGGAGGACCCAACCACUGCCACCUUCAGACUGGUCCAGCCCGAGACCAUUGCCCAAAUGUGGGGCACAAGGAACGAACAGCCAAACCUCUCCUACAACAACUUCGCCAGGAGUCUUAGGUAUCACUACAAAAGCGGGAUCCUCAUCCAGGUCUCCGAUAGGCAGCUGGUCUACAGGUUCGGGGAAAUCGCGCUGGAAAACAUAAGAGCAUCGAAAAAGUGAGUGUGAAUAUUAAGAAUAUCGUCUCCUCAAGUGAUGCUUCCCCCCCAACGAGAUGAAUCGUAGCAUCUGUACUUUAUUUUUACGCCGUCCAGGAAACCAAAGAUUCUGAGUGUUUGUCUUGGACUGACUACUCUAAUGUGAUUUUUACAUUUACGCUGAUCAUUUUUCUUACGAAUGCUCAGAAUACAG